GUCCUGUCCGCUCCUCGAAAUCGAGGACAAACAAACGCUCAAAGGACAAGCCUCGUCAACGUCGCCGGCAACAACGAAAAAUGGUCAACAUUCCUAAGACACGCAGGACAUAUUGCAAAGGGAAAACCUGCAAGAAGCACACCCCUCACAAGGUGACCCAGUACAAGAAGGGGAAAGACUCUCUCUUCGCCCAAGGAAAGCGGCGUUACGACCGUAAGCAAUCCGGAUAUGGUGGUCAAACUAAGCCCGUGUUCCACAAGAAGGCAAAGACUACGAAGAAGGUUGUACUCCGGCUGGAGUGCACUGUGUGCAAGUACAAAAUGCAGCUGUCUUUGAAACGUUGCAAGCACUUCGAGCUCGGUGGAGAGAAGAAGACGAAAGGAGCUGCCCUUACCUUCUAAUCGCAUUGGAUUACGGGCUUACCCUUUCUCCAUUCCUCGCCGUACCGCACCUUUGUAUUAUGCACAUAAGCAAACAAGUCAUGGCCAUGUUCACAUUCUUCUCUGUCUGCUGUUUACUGCGGUUCGCGGAAUAUACUCUGGUGAUCUCUAUCGACACCUUAAGUUUUGAACAAGUAAUAACAUGCGUGCAGCUCCUAGAGAGGGCGAC